UGCAUUUGUGUGUAUACAUUCAUUCCUGCUUCUGUCAUUCAUUCUGAAUAUGCCCUGCUAGAUUGCUCCUCCUCCUAUACAGCAUCAACGUAUGAAAACAAUCAACGAGCUGGGCAUCCAGGAUCGUCAUCAGGCAGCAGACUGGCCCUCAGCGCCCGCAAGCGAUACGCACAUGUGAAAGAGCAGAGAGCCAUGGACACGCAAGGACAGACGAAUGGAUGGAUGCAAUGCAAUGCCACCGACUGACUAGCAGGCUUUAUGCGUCUAAGCAUUGGACAUUGGACGGGAGGCAGAAUCCUGGCAGUUAGGCAUCAUCGCCUCUAGUUCGUCUCUUGCAGCCGCAUACAGUAUCAUGGUUGAAUGAGACAGCGCAGAGUUGCGCCGCGGCAAGCCACACCCUGGAUGGCCUAGGACUUUGGCCACCAAAUCGCAGAAGCAGAGGCUGCCAGAUCUGAUUCUAUUGCUCAUCGCCCUGCGUAAUUUGGCCUCGCUAUCAGCCGCCUCUUAUCUGGCGCCGUCGCUUCAGACGCCUCCCUGCUGGCGCGGAAGCCAUCGCGGGAUUUUGGCCAACACAAGACGGCCUAUGCUUGUCCGACACAGCAAUACUGCGACAAAAAAUGAUUGAUUGCUCCGCGCUUCUGCCCGACGACGGAGUGGUGUGGAGUCCUAUUCAGCGAUUCCCCCCAUUGUGGGCGUCCACAGCCUGGCCUCGGUGGCUUGCCGGUGCGUGCUCGACUGGAACUCGCCGCAUUAUCGCAGCCAUGUAACGCAGCAUCUGAUAAACCCAACACGCGAUGCCCGGCCAGGCCAGCCUCAUCUCGCCCAAGUCCCCACAGCGCCUGUCUCUGGCCUUCUGUGCCGGCCCCGCCAGCGCCUGCUUUUGCCACAGCUCAAGCCAUUUCCGCUGGGAUCCCGAUCAUACCCGCCGUUCGCCGCCCUACCCUGCGGCUUUAGCUCUAUUGUCGUGCGUCGCGGAUCGACGUAUGAGACGGGACGCUUCUGGUCUCCCCGGAUGGCCGACCCUUGUAAAUGCUACCCUUGGCUCUCUUAGUCGAUUUGGCGAGAGCGUUGCCUUGUUUUGCCUCCUAUCGGAUUCGCAUCUUGUUGGACAGCUCCCCGGAGGUGAUAUGGGGUGAUGGGCGCGAUGUUCUGAUGCUCGUCAACAAAAAAGACGCAGGCCCCGUCUUAAGUUUGCAUGAAUUCCUGUGAUAUCAUCCGUGCGUUUGUGCCUGACUCAUCUGCUAUUCAGUGUUUUCGUCUUCUUUCUUUUCUUUUUCUCUUCUUCUCCUUGUUGUCCUUAUCCAUUUAUUUCGUUUUCCCAAUUUUGAAACUGCAAGUGCCAUUUGUGCAGG